AUGAAUCUUCCGACGGAGGCGGUGUUUGAUGCUAGAAGUGAAGAGGAAGGUUCUGCUAUUCGGGCGGAGGAUUUCGAAACUCUAGAGUGGCGGACUGGAGCUUCCAUGGCUCGGAUUUCUCAGGUAAUGCCUCGCGCUGGUACCAAUGUGCCCACCUCUGUUCAUCCGGAAAUCCUUAAUGGUAUCGUGAGCACCACCGCCACCGUUCAGGCAGCGUUGCCGCCGCUCGAUGGCUCGUUUGACCACUACCACUAUGCACUACAUGAUGGCAACGUUCACAAUCCCUUAGGCGCGGGGUCCUACAUCUACAAAAAGGAAUACAUCUCUUCCCAUAUCCGCUACCUAGGUCUUCCCCUGCCCACUACUGGGGUCGACAAGUGCCCCCGUCGCUUCCUGCCACCCUCAACACUCAUCAUCCAUAUCGGCGCGCAACCAAAUAAUUCACCUCACAUUGGUACCAUCGUUGUAUUUAUCCUAGCAUUCUUAAUUGCACGGGACGUGAAAAAGUACUACGCCGAUCUCCGCCGGAAAGCAGACCUUUCCACUGAAUUCGCUGUAUGGAUUGGCAAUUUUGAGGUAGUUGUGCGCCUGGACAUCGUCGAUACCGCCCCCCAUAACCAGGAGGGCUGUGUACGUGAUGGUAUCAACUACCAAAGAAGCCAACGUUUUACAAAGGCCUACCAUCGUCUUCUCCCGGAUUACGAGGAGGUCAUGGAGUCAGCAGCCGCAUUUGUUGGAGGCGGUAUCCCAUACAAGCUCACGAACCAAGAGACAGUCGCCAGCAUGCCAAGUGUUCCCCGUAUCAUCAAAGCCAUAGUUAGAGACCGCGAAAGGCUCGGACCGGAGCUAGCACCGGAGACGGGAACCCUGGCAAUACGUGCUGCAUGUCCUCAUGAGAGAUGUGGGCUUGCCGAAAAACAUGGCCGUAAGAACAAGUAUUCCAUUACCCCUUCAGGAUCCACGAUUAUAGAGUUCUACUGCCCCAACCACGGGUAUCAUUCGGUCGACUCCUCGAAUCCGAAGGAAGUAGCGAGGCUCGAGUUUAAUACGCCGCUGAGAAACCUCGUGCGAACAUUCGCAUAUGGCAUUCAAACCACGGAGAGCAGAGAAUCAGCUCGUAAGGCGGUAGCACAUAGAGGUACACCGACUCGCGAAUUGAUCCAUAUGCGAGUUACGGGCUCAGACUACGCGGGUUUGUAUGCGGAACAGCUGCUCUGGCGGCAGCUGAUAUUGUUGAAGCCUGAGAUUUCUGGCCUCACCAUUCAACCACCAGUAAUCGCGUACGCACCGCUGAUCCAAGAUUGGGCGGGGUCGAAGCUGUCCAAGUCGUUGUAUGUGGAUAAGGGGGCAUACGGGUACUUGAGGGCGACAAGGAUGGGGUAUAUGCUGUCCUUCGAUGAAAUGAAAAGGCAGGGUAAAGACCACAUGAUUCUCUUUCGCGAAGUGGAAAAGUGGUUGGAAGAUCCAAGAAAGUUAUUUCGGCCCUACUCCAUCGACUAUCUGCAUAGGAUUUUCGAGCAAGAAGGUGCGAGAGAAGAGGCUAUCAACAAGAUGGGGGAACGGAGAGCGGUGGUCCAGUAAUGUGCAACACGGGCGAUAGCGCCAUUCCAAGCCCAACGAAAGCCCGGCAAAAAUACCAUAACCGUUGGAAUGAUAGGGGGAGGGGGGGGGCAGAGAGGGGGACAUGUACACUUUUUUGGAGAGAAAUUAGGUGGAAUUGGUUUCAGGAUCGCUAUCCCGCUGUAUGCACAGUGAGGGGGGAAGGUGGCCUAGUGCAAUUCUGAGCAGAACUAUUGUU